AUGAGUAAGGUUUUGGGAGGCUACAUCUCCAACAAGAGGAGGCAGGCUCAGGACUACCUUGAGUUAAAUGCUAGAGACCCCAUUUAUUUCUGGUCAUGGCAGUCGACGGUGUACUCCAUGGUGGUAUUCAGCGCCACCAUGGUCGUCAUCUUCUGGGCCAGCGUCUUCCUUUACACCUCCUUCUACUUCACCUUCAUGCCGCAGGAGUCCAUCACCUGGCCCAUCCACUUUCAGUUCAAGUCGUGUGAGAAUGAACCGGGCAUCUGCAGCAACCCCAACGCUGUGAUCCCCGUGCUGGACCCGAUGCGAGGCUCCCUCCUGGUACGGGGCCAGAAGUACCGCGUGGUGGUGGACCUGGAGAUGCCCGAGUCGCCCGUCAACCAGCGGAUAGGAAGAACCAAGGAGGGGGGGACACUGAGACAGUCAUCCCGCUCUGCAAUGAUGCGCUACAAGUCUGAACUGCUGCACUUCAUCUCAACCACUGUGUUUGCCCCACUGCUCCUCUAUGGCCUGCAGGAGGAGAAGCAGGUGGUGACGGUGGAGCUCUUCUCUCAGUACGAGGAGGACCCGCUGCUUCCACUGUCGGAGGUGUACAUAGAGCUCGCCUCUCGCCACGUGGAGCUGUACGCGGCUCAGAUGCGGAUCCACGCCACGUUUUCUGGGCUACGUUACUUCAUGUUCCACUACCCGCUGAGUGCCGCAGUGGUGGGCAUUGGCAUCUGCAUGGUUCUUCCUCUCUGCUGUUGUUAUCCUCAGCUGGUACCAGUUCUCAGGACCCACCUUCUCUCCUGUUCAGCCAUCAAGGGGUAUGGUGUCCUUCCCUAACGGCAGCGCCUCGGCCAUCGGCACACACGUCACCCUCGCCAGCAACCAAGAGUGAGUGUGCGGAGACUCUUCCUCCCCAGACAUCACGUACAUUUCCAUCCAAUAGUAUUUACUGCCAGAUACCUUGUGGAUAUGAGAUAAUCACUCUUUACCACUCAGAUCUUUCCAUGCAGUCUGAAUGUGCACCCUUUGUUUUACCUCCUAACUCAUGUUUUGCAGAGGUGGGUGGAAGAUGAGGACAAGGAUGAUGGUAGUGGUGGUGGUGGUGCUCCCAGCUCCAGGGUGUCUCAGGUUGAACCAGAAGAGAAUAGUGCCAAGGGUGAAGAUACAAAGGUGCCCAGCGACUCCCAGGACAGUGAAAUGAGCCAAGACUCUCCUGUUGGUGAGAAGGCCAGUGAUCGAGAGGACUUUGAGAUAGUGAACUCCUCCAAACCACAAGGAGUGACCUUGAAGGAAGAGGAGGAGGAAGAAGAGGAGGAGGCAUUCCCCAGCCUUAAGAGGACCACAAGUAGUGAAGGGGAGAGUGUGGUGCGUCAGAGGGUCCAGGCUGUAUCUUAGGCCGUGGUGCAAGUGUGCAGCUGAACGUGGCACAGAGACAGAUUUGAGUGCCUUGUGUGUUCCACUGUGAGUCAGGUAGAGAGUAUUGGUGUGCAGACUGUGACAAUGUGCUUUCUUUAUUCCACAGUUGGCAGGUGGUGCUUUGUCUGGGCCACUUGUAUCGGAUUGCCAGUCUGGUGUGUAGAUAGGUGUCAGGGUCAGGGUGGGUAAUGUUGGGCCGAGAUAUUAAUAUUCUCUCUAUCAAAUGCCAUGUUGAUUCCACAGUAGGUGUCAGGACUAGUGUAGGUAGUGUUAGGACUGAGAUGCAAAUACUCAUGUGCCUUGUUUAUUCCCAGUUAGUAGGUGUCAGGGUCAGAGUGGAUAGCGUUAGGGGGUAAAGCAUCAACUAUCAUGUGCCUUGUUUAUCCCCCAGUUAGUAGGUGUCAGGGUCAGGGCGGAUAGCAUUAGGGGGCCAAGCAUCAAUUGUAAUGUGCCUUGUUUACUCCUGGUGCAGGCAGUGAGUAUUAGAAGCAAUGCAUAAACAUUAAACUCAAAAAACCACUGACAUUCCUUAGUAUUGCAGAUCCUACUGAAUUACAUUUGAGAUAAAGAUGUUUUGGGGAGUUUAAGUACUCUGUAGGAAGGAUUUAAGUUGAUAGUCACCAGGCUUUUUACUUACACUGCAUCAGAAAUAAGGUGUGUUAGUCAUUUCAGGCCAGUGUUGUAGUUACUUAACAUUCCUUUAAUUGUAAGUGUUACGAGGAACAUUCCAUUAACUUUUUGUGGCAGGUGAAUGAAGAGAAGAGCAUUCCAUUGUGGUGUAUUACUAGUCAAGGGAAGGAGCCUCUGAGCUUUACUUAAUUUUGUACUUAAUUGUGGCAGGUAGCUUAGGAUCUAGUGAUUGGCCAAGGGAACACAGUACAGCUGCCUUUCCCGCUGUUUAGUCUUGGGUGUGUAUGGUCGCUGUUGCAUUGCAGGAUUUAAAAAAGAAAAGUUAAACAUUCUCUCCUGUUCUUGUUAUUAUUACUGUGUAUUUUGGAUGAGUUUGGUUAGGUUUUUGCUUCUGCUUAAGCAUCUGCUGAUAAACAUUACUGGUAAAGGAAGGGCCCCAGGGUGUAGUGGUGCUGGUAGAGCUUCAGGUGUGUGUGGCCACCUCUUGUUAGACACCUGGCCUCACCAUACUCAGGUGUGCCCUACUGACUCAUCCUCACAAAUUAUAUACCCUUGUUCUGUUUACUAAGGUUUUUUUUUUUUUUUAUUAUUAUAUUCUUUAUAAUUUCAUGGGUUCCUUUUUAUUUAUUUGUUCUUUCUGUUUUGUCACAAAUAAGAGUUCAUGCAAGUUUGUCUUAAUUUAUCAUAGUUAUCAUCCUCUUUACUUCUAUCAGUCUGUCUUCCGUCAGUAUUUUUGUUUUGUGUGUGUAUGUAUGUGUGAUGUUACCAAGCCUGACCUGAGGCACUGAGCAGAGGACAAGAUGGACUUACAAUUAUUCUGACUGGACAGUGCAUAGUACGUUGUAUCAGUGCCAAACUCAUUGUUAAGAUGUGCAAGUGUCUGUGUGUGUGUGUGUGUGUGCUGUAGCUGUUAAUCCUGUGCCUUGCAGAGUGCCAGCAAUAAAUCUUGUACUGAA